CUAUGAUGGCAGCCGUGGGUUGACAUCAAUACGAUACUGAAUAUAAACUAUUUAAAAAGUUAGCGGAAAAGCCCCGGCACGUUAACGCAGGACAAAUUACCGGUUUUCAGAUAGCACACGGUGAAAACACAGCGCCCAGUUUGGGGACCGUGGCACUAUGCCCGCAGCUACUGUGGAUCACAGCCAAAGAAUAUGUGAGGUUUGGGCCAACAACCUGGAGGACGAGCUGAAGAGGAUCCGACAUGUCAUUCGAAAAUACAACUACAUUGCUAUGGACACAGAGUUUCCAGGUGUUGUAGCCAGACCGAUCGGAGAGUUCAGAAGCAACGCUGACUAUCAGUACCAGUUACUGCGCUGCAAUGUGGAUUUGCUCAAGAUUAUACAGCUGGGCCUCACAUUUAUGAACGAACAAGGGGAAUAUCCUCCGGGGACGUCAACAUGGCAGUUCAAUUUUAAGUUUAACCUCACAGAAGAUAUGUAUGCACAAGACUCCAUUGAGCUCCUGACCACUUCAGGCAUCCAGUUCAAAAAGCACGAGGAUGAAGGCAUAGAGACACUUUACUUUGCAGAGCUGCUGAUGACUUCAGGAGUGGUGCUCUGCGAUGGCGUCAAGUGGCUGUCUUUUCACAGCGGCUACGACUUUGGAUACCUGAUCAAGAUUCUAUCCAACGCUAACCUUCCUGAGGAGGAGGUGGACUUCUUUGAGAUUCUACGCUUGUACUUCCCUGUCAUUUACGAUGUCAAGUACCUCAUGAAGAGCUGUAAAAACCUGAAGGGCGGGCUGCAGGAAGUAGCUGAGCAGCUGGAGCUGGAGAGGAUUGGACCACAGCAUCAGGCCGGCUCGGACUCUUUACUCACAGGCAUGGCUUUCUUCAAGAUGAGAGAGAUGUUCUUCGAGGACCAUAUUGACGAUGCAAAGUACUGUGGCCACUUGUACGGGCUCGGCUCGGGCUCGGCCUACGUCCAGAACGGAACGGGAAACGCUUACGAGGAGGAGGCUAACAAGCAGCAGUCGUGACGUCACUCUGAAACUCUCCCAUCAUGCAGUUCACAUCCACAGUCAGUGCGGCCGUGACGCCAAACUCCGACAACUGGAUGACCAUAAUAAUGGAAGAACAAAAGGAAAAAAAAAACAA